UAUUGUUGCAUAGCAACGUUAGCAACGACCCCGCCAUCUUUCAAUAAUACUGUGUGACUAGGAGAUUUCUCAAGCUUGGAAAGUUAGAUCAUUAGUAAUAUGGCAACAAUAACAGCAAGACGAAAUCAAGACAAGAUCGCCGAGAAUCUGGAGCGCGAGACUCACUUUUCUGGAGAGGAGGUCAAGAGCUUGUUAGGAAUGUUUGAAAAUAAUGCAAAGAAUGGGAAAAUGGACAGGACAACAUUUAGAGACAUAUUGUAUAACGAUUUUGGACUGACAGAGGAUAUCAUUAUGGACAGAGUAUUCCGAGUUUUUGAUGAGGAUAAUGAUGGCAAUCUUAAUAUGAAGGAGUGGGUUUGUGGCCUGUCAAAGUUUCUAAAGGGAACAUUUAAGGAGCAAAUGGAUUUUUGUUUUAAUGUGUAUGACCUCAAUGGACAAGGCUACAUAUUACGAGAACAAAUCCAGCACAUGUUAAAAGAGUGCAUGGUCAAGUCAUCAACUGAAGAAGAUGCAGAUGAACAAGUAAAAGACCUCGUUGAUUUAUCGCUGAAGAAAAUGGAUGAGGAUAAAGAUGGAAAGAUUUCACUAAAUGAUUUCAAAACUGCUGUAACCAAAGAGAAACUUCUCCUGGAGAUAUUUGGAAAAUGUCUGCCUGGAUCCAAGGAAAUAGCAAAAUUUCUUCAGAGUUUUGCAAGCUGUUAAUAGUAAAGAGUGCCAUUUUAACUACCAUUAGAAGAGACAGAUCAAUCUUUGUAUGUAAAGUAGCCCAACUUUGAUAGUUGUUGAAUAAAAAAUAAUGAAUAGGGACUCAUUCAACACUUAAAGAUUAGUUUUUCCAGUCAUCAUCAAACAUGGCUGGUAGCAAAGGAACACUUUUUUCUUAAUGGUACAUAAAUAAAAAAUUCAUAUUGAAGACAUCCAUUGUAAAUAGGAGCUGAAGAAGGUAGUUACACAAGCUUUUUUCAUUCUGAGAAAUAACAAAAUUGCACAGUACAUGUAAGAUAGAGGUCAUACUUGUCUGAUGAAUAAUAAAGAAUGCCAUACCAAUUGUAAUGAAACUCUUUUGGUGUGCAAAGUAUUUUCUUGAAA